AUGUCCACGCGCGCCAUCGAGCGCGACGGCGUCGACGACCCCAGGAUGUCGCAAAUCGUCAAGCACAACGGCAUCGCAUACUUCUCCGGUCAAGUCGGUGCGUCCUCGGAUAAUGUUCGAGAGCAAACGAUCGAGACACUGGCAAAGUGCGACGCUCUACUCAAGCGAGCGGGGACGGACCGAUCGCACCUACUCACGUGCAUGGUGUGGCUGAAGGACAUCAAGGAUGCACCGGAGUUCAACGAGGUCUACAACGCGUGGAUCGAUAAGGAGAACAAGCCCACGCGCGCGUGCGUGCAGGCGGAGUUGGCACGACCGACCCUCCUCGUGGAGGUUCAGUUCACCGCUGCGAUUCCGGAGUAA